GCCACAAUAUCACCACGACGCCAAUUACAUAGAUGGAGGCAGAUGGAGGAGUGUGGCCGCCGCUAUUGGUUCGACUACUGCACACACUAUACUAUGCGCUAGCAGUUGGAUUUGAAUUCAUUCGUAACGUUUAUUCUGUUGGAAUCUCGCCUUACCUGCUUGUGUACAUCGUUUUGUUUAUGUCUUGCAUCGAUUGAGAUCCUUGAAAUAAGAAUUACGAACUUCAGUACAUCAGUUCAAAUGGAUCGGAAGUUGCAAAACGAUAUCAGAACAUCUAAACACGAAAUAAAAAUGAGGAGUAGUUCGACCGGUCGCUCUUCGGCAGCGAGUUUAGUUCGACUAUCAGUAUUCGAACGUGAAGAAAAAAGCGCUGGACGCUCCGAAGCCAGAAGAACACAAACUUUGAAACCGAAAGGAUCAGCACUAAUAGAUAAUUCACAGAUACCGAGACCCCGGAUGAGAUCGAACUCGAGCGAUCGCAUGAGCAACCGAAGGUCACAAUUGAAAAUAACUGCAAAAACUCCUUUGAGUCAACCACGCCAUGGCAUAUCACGUGUCAACCAUGCCCAGAUAUCAACGCCGAAGACAACACCCCAAUCUAGUUCUAAACAGCUGUAUCGAGAGCCUUUAUCUGGAACUUGUCAUAGAUCACCAUCUGCCGAACGUGCUUCUAUAUUUUGUGGGAAAGGAGCACGCAAAGACACAAGACCGAUAAACGAUAAAAACUACCAGUCAACGAUGCUGAAUAAAGUGGAUGAAUAUUUUUCUAGUAUAUCACAAAGUUCCUUGUUGAAUACUAAUGGAAGUUUAAGGCCUGUGACUUUGAAAAUUUUCAUUGAAGCUACGGGCUGUCUUUUAAGCCAUUUGGAUGUUAAAAACGAAGUCAGUAUCAAUAAUUAUAUGGAUGAAUGCCCAAAACUAGCAAAAAAGGUUUAUUAUCCUGGCACAGUAACAAAGUCUUGGUUGAAAACAGCCAAUACAAUGCAUUCAUGGCCUCAUGUGUUGGGCUGGUUAAGUUGGUUGGUCGAAGCCUGCGAAGCUAAAGAUUUGGCAGAGAGAACAUUUGAAACAGGAAAGCUUCCAUUUGUUGGUUUUAAUGAUGAACAAGAGACCAACCGAAUUAUACUUUUAAUGAUGGUCAAAUGCUACGUCGCUUGGAACGAAGAACGAUUGGACGACGAGGCUGCCUUAGAGGAGCAACUUCUGCGAGAUUUGAAUAAUGUACACGGCGACAUAGACACGGAUACAGCUGAGGAAUUAGAAACUCUAGAGAAAGAGAAUGCAAGCUGCAAUGAAAUAGACGAAAAAUCAAAGACCCUGGAUGAGGAACUAAACAGUGCUCAAGAAUUUUUGGCUGGAUUAAAACACAAUGAAAAGAAAGAAAAUGAACUUAUUCAGUCCACCGAAAAUCGCAUAAAACGUACUCUACAAGAGAUUAAACAUUUGAAUCACGACAGUAAAGAGCAGGAAGCUAAAAUUCAAAAGGAAAAUGAUCAUCAGAAGGAAUUGCUUGUUCUCAUCGAAAAACAACCGAUGACUGUUCAAGAACGCAACAUGAUAAUCGAGCAAUGCUCCGAAGUUCAGAGCUACAUUCAGCAGUUUGACACUCAUAUAAAAGACAUUCAGAACGAAGUUUAUGCCUUGGAUAUGAAACUUGCGUCGUCCAAUUUGAAUCUCUACAAGGCCAUCUUAGCUUAUAAUAAGGAUAUAAUAAUGCAUUUUGGGUGUGACACAGGUGUAGACUUGAAGGAUCUCAAACUUCCUGAAGAAAAUCUGCUCAGUUACGAUUUUGAAGUAACUUUACCCCAAGAAACUGCAAUGGUUAAUUUGAAAGAGAAUAUAAAAAAACAACUCAAUCAGAUGGAAACUCUGAUCGAGGCACAUAAUACUGAUCUAGACUCGUUGGAAGAAAAGUUCGAAAUGUUACGAGAGAAGAAUAAGAAUCAUGCAGAAAAAAUGACUGAACAAAAAGUCUUUGUGCAGCAAAUACAGCAAAAUACGAAGGAAAAGGAAAUGAAGCUCAAGAAACAGAUAAAAAAUAUUCAAAGCGACAUUGCCAGUAUUGAAAAAUUGAUGCCUGAUUCAGAGUCUGUGCUCAACGAAUUGUCAGAAUGUCAAGAUAAAUUACGAGCAGUCAAGAAGAAACAACAAUAUGUGGAAAAAUCACUCGAACAGUUUUUCGAUCAAUUUUAUUGUAUUAUUUCUAAACACAAAAACAAUAUGGCGGCUAUUUUAAGUAGGCUGCCAAAAUUAGAUGGUUGAACUCAUCUGUCCGUCAAAAAAGAUGGAAGAAUUUAUAUAAACCAAAAUUUUUACAAUAUGCAAUCUUUUUAUCACACGUUAUAGAAUUUUUUUGGUUCAUCAGAAUUCAUCCAUUGCGGAAGUUCAAAUCUGACUAGCACAUAUUGUUUUGUUUUAUCUUGUAUAUAAAUAUUGAUAUUAAUUUUGGAA